AUGUUUUAAUGUGAUUGUCAUAAUUAUAAAAUAUUAAAGCAAUUCCUUAUGAAUUGGAGUUAUAUAAAUAAGAAGACACAUAAUUUAAAAAUACUAUGCUAAUCUUUUGGAUUAAUAUAUAGGAAUUUCAAAUUAAAAAAAAUUAUUAAGAUUAGAGUUUGA